UCGCUUUUAUCGUCUCCGGUCAAGCGGAAGUCUUCCCGCGUUGUCUGCGGCCAGCUUGACGGCGCGGUCGGAGCGGGACUCUGCAUAACACAGCUGACAGUUUGGGGAGAAGUGGGUUAUCGUAACGUAAGUUAUCCGAUCACAUCGGGUCUGGAGUUCAGUUAUCGAUCGGCCUAUAAUCACAUUGCUACACUCCGGGGGGACUUUUUCCUCUAUGAAGCCAACGAAAAGGACUCUGCAGUCACCAUGCUGAACGCGUCCGGAGCGACACUUUGCCUUUGUUUGUUGACUGUUUUGGGGACAACUGUUUUCUUGGGAACUUGCUCGGCCGCGGGGGGUUUCGACGAGGACGCGUUCUCCAUCCAGCACUCGAGCACGCGCAUGUGUCUGACCGCAGGAGCCCCGGCGAACCUGAGCCUCGACCACUGCGACCCCAGCCACAGGUCCCAGCUGUGGAAGUGGGGCUCGGGCCACCGGCUCUUCCACGUGGACACGUCCCUCUGCUUGGCGCUGAACGUCCGCUCCAAGAACCUGUCCCUGGAGGACUGCGGCUCCAACAUGCUGUGGUGGCGCUGCAUGGACGGGACCGUGUUCACCGUCUAUCAGAUGGGCCUGGUGGUCAGCGAGGGCAAGGUUUCCACCAAACGGGACGGUCACGACACGUGGGUGAGGGGAGCCUCCCGGGACGACAUCUGCCAGCAGCCGUACCGCGUUGUCCACACCACCGGUGGGAACUCUGCCGGCUCUCCCUGCGAGUUCCCCUUCAAAUACAACGGCAGCUGGCAUCACGAGUGCCUCCCGGAUUCCGACCUCACUGCCCUGUCGUGGUGUGCCACCACGUCGGACUACGACCAAGACAGGAAAGACGGAUACUGUCUAACACCUGAGGAGGGCUGCAAGACUCUCUUUGCCGGGCCGGAAGGGGACUCCUGCUACGAGUUUGUCUCCAGUGUCGCGGUGACCUGGCAGGAAGCUCUGGAUUCAUGUAGGAGUCAAGGAGCCGACCUGCUGAGUGUGUCCAAGCCCGAAGACCUCCACUCCAAAACCUUGUUGGACGGCCUGGACAGAAUGCCUGAGAGGAUGUGGAUUGGCCUUCACCAGUUGGACGCUUCUCAUGGCUGGCAGUGGUCAGAUGGUUCCCCGCUAAUGACCCUGCGCUGGGAAACAGGAAUGCCAUACGCCGGGCUUCUUGCGUCGGACUGUGGAGUCCUGAACUCCAAACAGAGCUAUGAGUCCGAGGACUGCAACCAAAAGUUGGCGUACAUCUGCAAGAAGAGUUUUAACGCCUCCCACGAGGCAGCUACUGAAUCUUUGGUGUAUGACACAACGGUGUGCGCAGAAGGUUGGAUCCCGUGGAACGGCUGGUGCUACAAGUUGGUGAAUGACAGCCCUAAAAACUUCAACAAUGCCCAUAUGUACUGUAGCAACCUAGAGGGAGGAGCAUCAGGCUCCCUGGCCAGCCUCCACUCCGUUGACACCAUGGAGAUGAUCAGUACUCAUUUCCAUGCGGACAGCAACUUUUUGGACGUGUGGAUCGGACUGAUGGGUUUUGGCGUGAACCCCGCUGUCUUCAAGUGGAUCGACCACGCCCCCGUCACCUUCACCUACUGGGACCAAAACCAUCCCGUCCAGCCCUCUGUAAACCGCACCUGUGUCUUCUACGCUGGAGAGCAUCACGGCUGGCGCGUCGGCGACUGCACGCUGAAGCUACCUUUCAUGUGUCAGACGAAAGGAGAGGCCAACAAAUCGGCAACACAGACCGGAUGCCGCUUUCAGGAUGGUUGGAGGCGACACGGCAACUCCUGUUAUCAAGUGAACAGCAAUCAAGUGUUCUUCAAAGAUCGAUGCAACAUCACCGUAAAAAACAGGUUCGAGCAGGCCUUCAUCAGUCGUCUACUUAGAGAGCAGACCAAUGCGGAACCUCAGUAUUUCUGGCUGGGCCUGCAGGACAUCAAUAACACGGGAGAGUACCAGUUUGUGAGCCAGGACGGGUCCUCCGGUGUCGUUCCAUACACCAACUGGGGCUUGUUCAAACGACAUCCAGAUGGAAGCUGUGCAGUGAUUUCCAAACUCUCGGGCAAGUGGGAGGUGAGGAACUGCACCACUUUUAAGGCCGGCACCAUUUGCAGAGCAGACCUCGGCCCGCCUCCACCUCCAGAGACAGAGCCCAACCCCAACGCAACCUGUCCUGAUGGAUGGGUGUCCAGAGUUAACAGCGUGUACUGCUACAAGGCGUUUCACGAGGAAAGGCUGAGCAGGAAGCGCUCCUGGGAGGAGGCUGAGAGGUUCUGUCUGGCUCUGGGAGCCAACCUGCCCAGCUUCACAAGCAAUUAUGAGAUGAGGACCCUGCACAGCAUCCUGAGAGACACCAUUAGUGAUAAUCGGUACUUCUGGGUUGGCCUGAACAGAAGAAACCCAGCUGAUCGCUCCUGGCAGUGGAGCAACGGCCAGCCUGUUUCUAUGGACAUUUUACAACAAGAUUUCCAUGAGGACGAUGCCUACGGUAGGCACUGCACUGCAUUCAAGACUUCGAGGAGCACCUUGAAACACCUGUUUGUGUUUCUGCUGCACGACUUGCCUCCCACACCAUUCUACGCCACGCCGUUUCACUGUGACGCCCGGCUGGAGUGGGUCUGCCAACUGCCCCGCGGAAAGACGCCAAAGAAGCCAGAAUGGUACAAUCCCGAUGGACACGACGAAAGCUCUAUCUUCAUAGACAACGCAGAGUUUUGGUUUGUCGAGGAACCUAAGCUAUCUUUUGAGGAGGCGACGCUCUUUUGCAGCAUGAAUGGCAGCAGACUGGCGACACCAAUCAGCUCGACCGCUGUCACAAAGAUCCACCAGCACCUCAAAGAAAUGUCGGGAUCUCCCUCGCAAAGCUGGUGGGUGGAUCUGAGAGAGCCUGGCCGGAUAUUCCCCAUGACGUACAACCAGAUGUACUUUUACCAUUCGAUUCUCCUGGGCCGAUGCACCUCCAUCAGCCCUGAAAACUCCUUUCCCGAGCAUGAGCAGAGUUGCCGUCUGCCUUUGUCCUUUGUGUGCGAGAGACACAACGUCACGUCGGUGGAGAUAAAGCCUCUGGAGCCUCGGCCUGCAGUAUCCUCGUGUGGAAGCGACGCUCUGUCCUUCAGAAAUAAGUGCUACACAUUGAUGCACAGCCAGAAGUCUGUGUCAUUCAAGUACGCCAAUAGUCUCUGCAAAUCUGUGAGAGGAACCCUGGUCACUGUAUCCGACCAGGCGGAGCAAGACUUCCUCACCACCCUUUUGCCGCAAAUGAGAAACAUGGACAGGAUAUGGAUCGGUCUGAAAAUCAACCAGGGCAACCCGGAAUGGGUGGACCAGUCCCCAGUUGACUACGUCAAUAUUAACCCCUUGGUGCUGGGCAUGCACAGGGACAUUAAAGUCAACACAUGGGAUGAGGACAGUAUGGAUUUGUGUGUGUUUCUGAUCAAUAACCCAAAUUCUGCCAUGCUGGGUACCUGGGACUAUUCCUCCUGCACACAAUAUCAGAAUGUGGCCUUUUGCCAACACUAUGCAGAUAAACCUGUGGAGUCCCACGUCCCAAAGGAGAGCUUCAUGGUCAACAACCACACCAUCCUGCUGCUGGACAGAAAUCUCACCUGGUUCGAGGCCUUGGAGCAGUGCAGGAACAACAACAUGGACCUGGCGAGCGUGGCCGACACCUUCCUGCAAGCAACCCUCACUGUGCGCGUGAGCAACGCAGGCAAGCCCAUGUGGAUCGGCCUCUUCAGCGAAGACGAUGGGAUCCACUACCGCUGGACGGACCACAGUCACACUGUAUUCAGCCGCUGGUCUUUUGAUGUCACCGGUGGCUCCUGCGUCUACCUGGACAUCGACGGCUUCUGGAAAACCACAGAGUGUGAAGAGGAGCUGGGAGGUGCUAUCUGCCACAAACCACAUGAGGAGAUCAUCACCACACCGGAGAAAGUUGCGGUCAAGUGCCCCCACAAGAUUAAUGGUCCAAACUGGAUCCCCUUCAAGAACAACUGCUAUUCCUUCCAGCUGGUUUCCUCCAGGUGGGAUCCGUUUGACCAGGGGCAGAUUCUGGAUACCUGCAAGACACUACAUGCAAAUGCAGACAUCCUCACCAUCCGAAAUGCAGAGGAGAACGAGUUUAUUAAGCAGCAGCUCAAACCGUUUCAAAACCUGGUCCAAUUUGUGUGGCUGGGGCUGUUCAAAGAUAACAACGAUAACCUAAUGAAGUGGUACGAUGGCACAAAUGUCCAAUACUCCAACUGGGCCAAUGGCAGACCAGACGUAAACAGCAUGUUCAUGGCUGGUCUCACCGCCUCGGGCACCUGGAUGAUCAUCUCGAACCAGCAGCUAUUUGCACAGUUCAAACAAAGGAGCAUCGUGACGUGCAAACUGGACAACGAACCAAAACAGGGGUUCAACAUGUCAACCACGGAUAUCCAACUCUACGGUAACAUAAGUUACAAGGUGGCGACCCAAAAACUGACUUGGCAGCAGGCUCUGGAAGCGUGUGGUCAGGGUGGAGGCCACCUGGCGAGCAUCCAUGACAUCCAGCACAACACGCAUGUGAAGCUCAUCGCCCGGACGGACGGCUUCCCCCUCUGGAUCGGCCUGUCGCACCAGGAUGUUAGUGACUCGGUCUUUGAGUGGUCCGAUGGAACAACAUUUAACUACAAAGCCACCAUCACUGACUCACGGGAAAGCUCCAGCUCAAACGAACAAGAGGCCAGCUGUGUGUAUGUAACCCCCGCUGGAGACUGGCUGAGGGCCAGCUGCAAUAAGUUAUUAGACGGAGCCAUCUGCUACACCACCGCCAUCACCACCACUUCCCAGAAAGCCAAAAUGCAGGAGGCCCCAGAGGCCAAUCACUGCCCCAGGAGCAACGGUGUGUCUCACUGGGUGCAGCAUCAGGACCAGUGCUACGCCUUCGACAUGAGCUUCUACAACUUCAGCGUGCACAGCAUGGAGCAGGCCAGGAGCCUCUGUCAGAGCAUGGAUGCAAAAGUCCUGACCUUAAAAACCAAAGAGGAGAACGACUUUGUGUCAAAGUACAUGUUUGAUCACCCUCUCAUCACCAGUCGUGUAUGGCUUGACAUGGAGGUCGAUACUGAAGGUAAACCUGUAUCCUGGCAGGACGGCUCGGCUCUGGUUUUCUCCAACUGGGGGCAUGAGGCCUUGGUUACAAGGACCAAGUCUGCUCCCCACUGUGCCGUCAUGAUGGCAGGAGAUGAUGGAGUCUGGAAGCUUGUCAGCUGCAAGGCAAGCUACAGUCGUGUUGUCUGCCAAACUGAAGCAAAGUCUGGAGGCUCUCCCGUGGCGUUGGGUCUCUUCAUCGUGGUCGUCAUCGCUCUCGUUGGAGCCGUGGCUUUCAUCCUCUAUAAGAAGAGAGGAGGCCGCUUCUCCUCCACCGUUCGCUACAAGAGGACCUACGAUGAUGCCGACGCCACCAGCAUAGUAACAGGAGCUGACUGAGCCGAAGUAGAAAGCCUCAGGAGGUACUGGGGGAGUCUUGAGUGCAUCUUUAGUUCUUUUUGGCAGGAGCAGAUGCAGCCUUUCCUGUUCUUAAAUUAUUUAUUUAUGCCGCUUAAGCCUGCAGACUUUCUUCAGUUGUGUUCAAAGUGUAAAUAUUGAAUUAUGAAAAUCGGCCAUUUCAGUAUCAUGAUUUGGGUUAUUUUAGAUUGAGUUAAUUAAGAUUCCUGUGUUAUACCUAAUGUAAAUACUGGGACUGAUGCUCUCUGGGAAAUAUUGAUCAUUGGCCUCAUUGGGAAAGUUUUUAAUUAUUUUUAUUUUUUUGUAAAAGUUGAUUUCCUCCCUUUCUGCUUUAAAACGGCUUAGGUUGCACUGAUGUAUGAGUGACUCCAAACUAUCAGGAACAGAUGGUGCACUCCUUGGUUUCUUCUGUAUGUGUCACCACUAUUUUAUUUUCUACUCAAAUUGUUCCAAUUAAUUGAGACUUGUCCACCUGAAAAUAGAGUAAGAUCUCUCUCUCUAUUUAAUAGCGUUAUGUUGCGAUUUUAGUAGGACAGAAAAAUAGUUUUUUUUAAAUUGUACUUCAAACUAGUUUAAACCAGUGGGUUAUUUUCAGUGCAGUUGCUGCUUGAUUUCAAAGUGUUGGAUACUGUCCUUGCCUCAUCUUUUUUUGUUUGUAUAAAGUGUCGGUGUAUGUAGAUCCAACUUUCCUAUGCACUUAACUACUGAGCAAGAACGCACUUUAAUAUGUCACAGGGCCACUGUUCCUACUGUAUUUUAGCACAAUGAGGUUUGGAGAGUUUUUUUUUAGAUGUUCAAAUUGCACUGGCUGUUUGCUGCAAAUGCUUUUGUAAAUAUGUUUUAUAACUGAGAAUGAACCAAAGAUGCUCAGUUGUUUGAACUGAGCUUUCCUUUAACUUUGUCGGACUGCCCUCAGCCCGGAUUGUUAACUCAUCCAUAUCAGUAUGUAAACCAAAAUGUUUGUUUAAAAAAAAAAAAAACUGAUUUCACCACCACUCCUAAGCAGAUGGGCUCAAAUCGGGUAGUUUCCUUCCAAUAAAAUGUUCUGCCUUC